AAAUCACAGACAGGUAAACUAACAGACAGGGAAUUCACAGACAGGUAAACUAACAGACAGGUAAAUCACAGAGAGCUCAACUAACAGACAGGUAAAUCACAGACAGCUCAACUAACAGACAGGUCAAUCACAGACAGCUCAACUAACAGACAGAUGACUCCUCCUCCUUCACCUCCCGUCCCCAAACCUAGAGCUCGUUACAAGACGGCCAGUUUGAGCUCCGCCUCCUCCUUAGACAGGAACGAUGACAUGGUUCCUCUGAGCAGAGAUGAAGGUGCUACUCGUCUUCCUCCUUCCUCCGGCUCCGAUAAUGGCUUCAUCUUCCCAACUCUGGUCAGUGUCACUGACAUCAUCGCGGCCAACAUUCCGUCAUUGGCUGAGGUCGCUGCUGCUGUUGGGGGCUCCGCCCCCCCAGACUGCUCUGCCCCCUCUGCCCCCCCCUCCAUUGACAGCAUAGCUGGCAGCAUCACCACUCACAUACCGAGCUUAGCAUGCACUGCUAAUGCUCUGGUUAACCCAGCUGAUGCUACAUCAAAGCCUGCCUCUUGCCCCACACCUGUGCCUGCUGCUAACACAGGUGCUGCUAGCAUUGUUAGCUCAUUAGCAAACAUGGCCGCUUCAUCAGGGAUUAUUAGCUUCGUCCCUUCAGCCCCACCCCCCUCAGAUGGUAAACCCAACUCCCCCGCAAUACCAAGGAUUGCACUUCCUGAAGACCAUCACACAGAUGUUGGGGCUCUGUCACAUCUGGUUAUGUCAUCUUUAGACCCGACUGCAGGAGUCAUGCUACCUCCUGUAGAGGGAGCUGCUGAACCCACAGACGAAGUUUUAAAUCCGUCUCCUCACGACGCUUUAGCCGAAAUCCCGUAUGUCACCGUGUUGUCUUGUUGGGAUGGUGAGGAAGCUGACUCCGAAUCAUCCAAUGAGGAGGAGGAUACUGGAGUAAGCCCUGCCUCCUUUGGAGAUGAUGGACCAAUGGGAGGAGAUUCCCCCUCAGACACAGCUACACAUACUCACAAGGUCCUGACCAAUCCUCCAGGUCGUAUCAUCCCCAAGAGGCCAGCUCCACCUCCUCCUCGUGCUAUUGGCCAAUCAGAGAAGCCUGGAAAACGUGUGAAACAGAAGAUCCCAAGAGCAGCAACGAUCCGAGUGUCCAGGAAGAAGAGCGGCAGCGGAAGUUCAAGUCCACAGAGCGCUGUGGUCCGGUCCAGCUGGUUGGACGUCUGGAAGGGCUUCAGACACAAUGUGUUAUGGGCAACUUUGGACGGACAGCAGAUGUCUCUGUGGAAGAAACGCACAGACCGGUUCAGUGAGGUGUUGUUUCAUGUAUCCAGUAUCACCAACGUGAAGACACAGGACAAAGGAAGAUUCACUGUUUACUUCAGGAAGAAACAUUACGACUUUAUGGCUCAUAGUGACGAGGUUCAGGAUGGUUGGGUUGCGUCUCUGCUGGCGUCACGAGGCCAGCCAAGCCCCGCCCCUGCCCAACUGCAUGGACCAAUCACCAUUAAAGAGUCCCGGAGUCGCGCCUAUGCUGCGGUCUGGGGUCACGAUCUCUGGAUUUACCCCAACAAAGAGGGCUACCUGCUGGGCGUCGCCUCCUUCUCCGUCCCCCUGAACGUGGCCGCGGUGAAAUCUACAGGAAAACACUCGUUUACCCUCAUCACUCCAUACAAGAGCUUCAAUCUGUCGGUCGACUCUUCGAAGGACCUGCCUUUCUGGUUGGACAGUCUGUCCUUGUCUAUCCGCAGUGCUCUGUCCUGCAGCCAGGUGGCGAUGCGUCUUCUGGAAAAUCCCUGCAACAAGGUGUGUGGUGACUGUGGCUCAGCCAAUCCUGAGUGGGCGUCGGUCAACCUGUUGCUGGUCAUCUGUCAGGCGUGUGCAGGUCAGCAUCGCGCUCUGGGUAGUAACCUGUCGAAGGUACGCAGUCUGAAGAUGGACAACAAGGUCUGGACUGAACCACUGUUACAGCUGUUUGUCACCUACGGUAACCGGCUGGCCAAUCAGGUGUGGGCGGCAUCAGUGCCGGCAGCCGAGCAGCUGAUUCCUGACUCGUCUGAUGAGGACAGGUCAAAGUUCAUCCAGGAUAAAUACAGCAGGGGGCGCUACAGACGAGUCCAUCCUCUGACGUCCUGUCUCUCUCUAAUGGACCAGAGGCUGCGAGAGGUGGCGUGUACUGAUGACAUCGAGGAAACGAUGUCUCUGAUCUGCUCAGGAGCAAAGGUGCGUCAGUCAGAGCCUCAGAGCCCCUCCCCCAUCCUCCUGGCUGAGAGGGCGGGUCAUGCUCUGCAGAGUGAGCUGCUCCGACUCAACGAGUACACAGAGGUCCCGCCUCACCAGCCCCAGUCAGUCAAUAGGAGACCUGACUCCGCCCCCUCAGGUGAGGAGGAGGAGGAGCUUCAUGGGAAACUGGAAGAAGAUCGUUUUCUUUUCUCGGUAGAAAACGAUUCAGCAGCUUGUGACGUCCUCGACCUGCGAGAGGUUCUGUCAGUGUUCAUCAAAUACGGAGCGGCCCAUGAGUUUGAGAUGGUGACGUUGAGCGGUCAUCUGAUUUGUGCAGCUGACGAUCACGACACUCUGCUGACUCACCUGGUCCACAUCCUGAAGGUGAUUCUCCCAGGGGGUGUGUCUUAUGCGGAUGUGGGCGGGGCUUCGGCUGUCAGUAAAGUGUGUGUGGUUGAAGUGGGCGGAGCCUCGAGUCAGUCUGAUGCCUGGUUGUUACUUUGUGAGGACGGCGUCAGCGUCCACCCCGUCCACAGACACACACAGCAGACUGUGAGGAUGGAACUGAGCACGCUCCGUCACCAUGAACUGGACCCAUCCAAAAACGUCAUCACCAUGGAAACCGGAGACAGGGGCGUGUCUUUGCGUUUCAAGGAGCAGCACAGCUGUCAGUCCUGGUUCAACCACCUGCAGAGAGCUCUGACCAAUCACAGCUCAGAUCCUCACUGUCCUCCAGCAGCCAAUCACAGCUCCACUCGUCAGUCUCUGUACCCGGAUCUGGACGUGGGCUUGAGAGGUUCAGUACCGCAGGGUAUCGAACGCUGCAUCUCCCACAUCACAGCCCACGGUUUGAAGGUGGAGGGCGUGUACCGCCGCUGUGGCCUUGCUGCCAAAGUGAACCAAUUGGUGGAGGCUCUGAUGACAUCACCAAGCUCUGCCCCCCUGGAAAGUGACGAGCAGGGUGUGUUGGACGCUGGCUCCGCCCUCAAACAAUAUGUCCGCCAGCAGCAGGGUUUAAUCCCCAACGUACAGCCGUGGCUGCAGGCCGCAGGUCAGUACACAGUAUCUGUAGUACAAGUACAUGUAGUACAUUCCAGUAAUCAGAGUAUCAGUGUAGUAACAGUACUUUGUCUCUCAGUGGUUUCAGAUCAACGCUCCAGGUUUAAAGCUUAUCAACGGUUACUACGGCAACUUCCUGACGACAACCGAGCUACGCUGAGCGCACUGUUCGCACACUUCUACAUGGUCCAGGUGUUCUCUCAGGUGAACAAGAUGUCCGCUCAGAAUCUCGCUCUGAUUCUCGUCCCGUCUCUGUUUCACACCUUGAGCCAGGAUCUGCUCACACUCACCAGAGAGUUCAUCAUCCACCACACACUGCUGUUCCUGACACCUGAGGAAGAGGAGGAGGAACAGAUCACGGUCUUCUGAUGAACGAGAAGAAGAAGA